CAAAAUCCAAACUCAAACAAAAAAAAAGAGGCGAGUCGGGACUCGGGAGGGUGCAUCCUUUUCGUUCAGGGUCUGGGGCAUACCAGAUUACCAGCACCCUCUCUUCUCAAAUCCACUCUUGUUUCCUUUGCCAUGGCUCUUUCUCUUUCUUGACGUAUAUUCUCUUCUCCUUCUCCUUUUCACGCAAACAUACACUGGUAAUCUCACUUUCCUAUCUGGGUUAUCCUCUUAACAGGGAAUAUAUUUUCAUCAAUUCAUUAAUAAAGUUCAUAACAUUUGGGUGUCUAGUACUGAAUAUUGACUCUUGUGAGUGGUGGGCGGAUUUUUUGUUUUGCUCGACCACAUCAUGCCCGUUCUGAAGAAAGUAUUCAAUGCUUGCAAGGAUUCAUUUAAACCUACCGGUCCAGUCUCUGAGGAGGCUCUUGAAAAAGUUCGUGCAAUUAUAGAUGACUUGAAGCCUGCAAAUGUGGGUCUUGAGCAGGAGGCAAUAGCAGCACAAAAAUGGAAACCUCUUUCUAAUGGAAGUAAUGGGAGAAGAGCUCGCAACGGCAGUAAUCAGCAGUAUCCUCCCCCCAUAAAGUAUCUGCACAUAUAUGAAGAGGAAAAGUUUUCUAUAGGAAUUUUCUGCAUGCCUCCCUCAUCAAUCAUACCUCUUCACAAUCAUCCCGGAAUGACUGUGUUGAGCAAGCUUUUGUAUGGAACUAUGCAUGUAAAGUCAUAUGAUUGGGUCGACUUGCCUGAGCUUCCUGAGUCAUCCCAAGUUAGACCUGCCAAACUGGUUAGAGACUGUGAGAUGACAGCUCCUUGCGGUACAACCAUUUUGUACCCGACAAGAGGUGGUAACAUUCAUUGUUUCAAAGCGAUAACGCCCUGUGCCAUCUUUGACAUUCUUACUCCUCCAUAUUCCUCAGAAGAUGGGCGGCACUGUUCUUAUUUCCGGAGAGCUUUGAAAAAGGACUUGCCUGAUGAUAUUGGUCAACAACCCGAGGGUGUAAAUCUUGACGAAAUUAUUUGGUUAGAAGAAAUUCAACCUCCCGAGAAUUUUGUGGUUUUUCGUGGACAGUAUAAUGGCCCUCAGGUGGUGAAGAAACCUUAAGAUUAUGAUGGGUCCUAUCACAUAUGUACAAUACCAUCAAGCAGAGCGGCUCUGAACAAUGGGACACGGCCUUUUCAGGUGGUUAAACGACUUCUCAUGCUGCUGAGUUGUAUUAAUAAUUGCUUUGAGAAGCAUAGACGAGUCUGAAAUAUUGGAGAGUGUUAACAUGUACAUAUGGAUAUUUUACUUGGAUCAAUGACACUCCUUUGUCACAGGUUAUAGGUUGAGGGGUUUCGUUAACUUGUUAAAAUCCCGCAUUUUACCUUGUUCAUUUACAUGUAUUAUUUUGCGGGCACUAUUUAUCCUUACGAAAUAUCUAUUAUAUUAUCCUUUUUGUUUA